AUGUCUGGAGGAAGAAACCCUAUGGAGGAGGCCUACGAGCGCCUCAGGCAGGUUGCGCAGCAGCAGCAGAAACGAGGCGGCUUCGGAGGCCCCGGCGGUAUGCCUGGUGGCCCUCGCGGUAUUGGUAUGGGACUGGGCGGUCUUGUGCUUCUUGGUGGUGCCGCUUUCCUUGCCCAGAACGCGCUAUUCAACGUCGACGGUGGUCACAGAGCGAUCAAGUACCGGAGGUUAAGUGGUGUGAGCAAGGAGAUCUAUAGCGAAGGAACUCACUUCAUGUUGCCUUGGUUCGAGACUCCCAUCACCUACGAUGUUCGCGCGAAGCCUAGAAAUGUCGCCUCUCUUACCGGAACCAAGGACUUGCAGAUGGUUAACAUCACCUGCCGUGUGCUCUCGAGGCCCGACAUCAAGGCUCUCCCCCAGAUCUACCGCACAUUGGGCACUGAUUACGACGAGAGAGUUUUGCCCUCUAUUGUGAACGAGGUCCUUAAGAGCGUGGUUGCUCAGUUCAAUGCUAGCCAGCUUAUCACCCAGAGAGAGAUGGUCGCCAAAUUAGUUCGCGAGAACCUGUCACGAAGAGCGGCGCGGUUCAAUAUUCUCCUGGACGAUGUUUCUCUGACGGUAGGGUUACGCUCUAUUCAGCCCCCAUGCUCUUCAAAACUAACAUAA